UGGCUAUAAAAACCCAUUGGCUAGCUGUGUGGCGACUCAGUUGGUGCCACGAUGAAUGACCGUUUGCUGCCUGUGAUUGGCUACAUACUGCUGCUAGUGAGCGUUGGGCAGACGGCGCCUGGUAGCCUCAAUGGACGCAUUGUUGGCGGCGAGGAUGCCGCCAAGGCGCAGUUUCCGCAUCAGAUAUCGCUGCGCAACGCCGGCUCGCACAGCUGCGGUGGCUCAAUCAUUUCACGCAACUGGGUGCUGACCGCGGCUCACUGCGUUUCCUAUUUCGAUGACGACGGCGAACUGGUCAUCAAUCCGGCCAGUCGGUAUAGCAUUCGUGCCGGCAGCAAUGAUCGAUUCGACGGAGGCGUUCUGCUUCAGGUGGUCGAGAUCGUCGUGCACGAAAAGUAUGGCAACUUCCUUAACGAUGUGGCCGUGCUGCGUGUGGAGUCGCCUUUCAUCUACUCGGCAAGCAUCCAGCCCAUCGGACUGCCCUCCAAGAACACGCCAGACAAUGCCGAUAUCAUUGUCUCGGGCUGGGGUCGCCUUACCCACGGCGGUGAUAUACCACGGUAUCUCCAAUGGACCACACUGACAUCGCUGUCGCUGCAGGAAUGUGAGAGUCGCAUUAAAUAUGGAUAUCCGAACAUCUUGUGCCUGCUGCACGAGGCGGACAAUGGUGUCUGCAAUGGAGAUUCGGGCGGCCCGGCCCACUACAAUAAUGAAGUCGUUGGCAUUGCCGGAUUUGUCUACGGUGGCUGCGGUACGACCAAUCCCGAUGGCUAUGCUCGUGUCUACGAGUUCGUGGACUGGAUUAAGGCCCACACCGACAUUAAGUAGGGUCACACUAGCGGGCGAACUUUGUACAGCUCGAAAUACAUUUAAAGAUUGAGCUUCAUAAAUACAUGGAAAUAAAAAUC